AGAAAGGACACCAGCUUGGAAUCAGUUCGGACCUGUGUCUGCUACACAGCUGAAUCCCUGGGAAACUCUUUUAGUGUAGCAUGGCGGAAAGAACAAUGCGUAUGCCCACACAAAUACCUGCUGAUGGAGAUACACAAAAAGAAAAUAAUAUUCGUUGUUUAACUACGAUUGGACAUUUUGGUUUUGAAUGUUUGCCCAAUCAGUUGGUGAACAGAUCUAUCCGACAAGGAUUCACUUUUAAUAUUCUCUGUGUGGGGGAAACUGGAAUUGGAAAAUCAACACUGAUUGACACAUUGUUUAAUACUAACUUGAAAGAUAACAAAUCCUCACAUUUUUACUCAAAUGUUGGACUUCAAAUACAGACAUAUGAACUUCAGGAAAGCAAUGUUCAAUUGAAAUUGACUGUUGUGGAGACAGUGGGGUAUGGUGAUCAAAUAGACAAAGAAGCCAGCUACCAACCAAUAGUUGACUACAUAGAUGCCCAAUUUGAGGCCUAUCUUCAAGAAGAACUGAAGAUUAAACGUUCCUUGUUUGAGUACCAUGAUUCUCGCAUCCAUGUGUGUCUUUACUUCAUUUCACCUACAGGACAUUCCCUGAAGUCUCUUGAUCUAUUAACAAUGAAGAACCUUGACAGUAAGGUGAACAUUAUACCACUGAUUGCCAAAGCAGACACAAUUUCUAAAAAUGAUUUACGGAUGUUUAAGAGUAAGAUAAUGAGCGAAUUGAUUAGCAGUGGCAUCCAGAUAUAUCAGCUCCCAGCAGAUGAAGAAACUGCUGCUCAAGCAAACUCCUCAAUUAAUGCGCUGUUACCCUUUGCUGUGGUGGGGAGUAUGGAUGAAGUGAAAGUUGGAAAAAGGAUGGUCAGAGGCCGUCACUACCCUUGGGGAGUUUUGCAAGUGGAAAAUGAAAAUCACUGUGACUUCGUGAAGCUCCGAGAUAUGCUUCUUUGUACCAAUAUGGAAAAUCUAAAAGAAAAAACCCACACUCAGCACUAUGAAUGUUAUAGGUACCAAAAACUGCAGAAAAUGGGCUUUACAGAUGUGGGCCCAGACAACCAGCCAGUUAGUUUUCAAGAAAUCUUUGAAGCCAAAAGACAAGAGUUCUAUGAUCAAUGUCAGAGGGAAGAAGAAGAGUUGAAACAGAGAUUUAUGCAGCGAGUCAAGGAGAAAGAAGCAACAUUUAAAGAAGCUGAAAAAGAGCUGCAGGACAAGUUCGAGCAUCUUAAAAUGAUUCAACAGGAGGAGAUAAGGAAGCUCGAGGAAGAGAAAAAACAACUGGAAGGAGAAAUCAUAGAUUUUUAUAAAAUGAAAGCUGCCUCUGAAGCACUGCAGACUCAGCUGAGCACGGAUACAAAGAAAGACAAACAUCGUAAGAAAUAAUAGUUUCUCUUACUAUUCUGUUUGAGAGCCUUAUCAUUCUACAUCUCAACUUUCUGUGAGAUUGUCUUUGUAGCAUUUAACUCUGAUUGAAAUUCUCAUUUUAAAAAUUGGCUUGCUUAUUGUAUAUUUUCCCCAACUAAAGUGUGAACUCCUAGCAGGGCGUGGUGGCUCAUGCCUAUAAUCCCAGCACUUUAGGAGGCUGACACAGGUGGACCACCCGAGGUCAGGAGUUCAAGACCAGCCUGACCAAAAUGAUGAAACCCUGUCUCUACUAAAAACACAAAAAUUAUCUGGGCGUGGUGACUGGUACCUGUAAUCCCAGCUACUUGGGAGGCCGAGGCAGGAGAAUCACUUGAACCUUGGAGGUGGAGGUUGCAGUGAGCCAAGAACUCACCAUUGGACUCUAGCCUGGGUGACAAGAGCAAAACUCUGUCUCAAAAAAAAAAAAAAAAAAAAAAAAAAAA